GCCUGCUGGCAAGACUGCAGAGGGAGAGAGUAGGAAGGACGAGCAGGUUCUAAGUUGAAGUCCGUCCUCAGACUCUAAGUCGGUGAAAAAUAGUCAUCAGGAGAGAAGAACGCCAUGGCCACCAUGACAGAGCUGAGUCCCACAGAAGAUAAGAGUAAAUACUCCCAAGAUACGCAAGUGGAUGAGAAACUCAGUCCCAGGAAAGUUCCAACCUUAUGUUCCACUCGCUAUGGAAUAGCCUUCAUUGCACACCUCUGCAAUUUUGUUAUAGCGGCACAAGGUAUUAUCAUGAACAUCACCAUGGUAGCCAUGGUCAACAGCACAAGCCAUCAGUUCCAGUUUAAUGGCUCCACUGAGGGGCUGCCUUUUGAUUCAUCUGGUGAUCCCCAAAAUUCCCCAAAGAGUCCUACUGCAUGGGCCCCUGUGUACAAUUGGAGCCCUCACAUUCAGGGCAUCAUCUUUAGUGCCAUCAGUUACGGCAUGAUCCUGACCCUGGCUCCCAGUGGAUACCUGGCCGGAAGAGUAGGAACAAAGCGAGUGGUUGGUGUUUCCUUGCUUGGAUCCUCACUUCUGAUUCUCUUCACGCCUCUAGCAACUGACCUUGGACUCACUUUCCUCAUUGCAACUCGAAUACUUCAGGGCCUGAGCCAGGGAUCAGGACUCGGGGGUCAGUUUGCACUCUGGGAAAGUUGGAGUCCACCACAUGAACGAAGCCGACUCUGCAGCAUUGCUUUAUCAGGAAUUCUGCUGGGAAGUUUCAUUGCCAUCCUCCUGGGCGGCCUCAUCAGUCAAACCCUCGGGUGGCCUUUUGUCUUCUAUGUCUUUGGAGGUGUUGGCUGUGUCUUCUGCCUUCUCUGGUUUGUUUUGGUUUAUGAUGGCCCUGUCACUCAUCCAUGGAUAAACACUACAGAAAAAGAAUACAUCAUGUCCUCCUUGGCCCAACAGGUCAGCUCUUCGAGGCAGCCUCUUCCCAUCAAAGCUAUGGUCAGAUCUCUACCCCUCUGGUCCAUGGGGUUUUGCUGUUUCAGCCAUCAAUGGUUAAUUAACAUAAUGGUUAUAUAUACACCAACUUACAUCAGCUCUGUGUUCAAUAUUAAUAUCAGAGAUAGUGGGUUCCUGUCUGCCCUUCCUUUUAUCAUCGCCUGGGUUGUUGGUAUCCUUGGAGGCCAACUGGCAGAUUUCCUUCUGACCAAGAAUUUUAGGCUUGUUACAGUGAGGAAAAUUGCCACAGUUCUAGGAACUCUCCCCUCUUCAGCAGCCCUUGUGAUUCUGCCCUACAUCACUUCCAGUUACAUCAUCACAGUGGGCCUUCUGACGCUCGCCUGUGGACUAAGCCCACUAUGUCAGUCCGGGAUCUACAUCAACACCUUAGAUCUCGCUCCAAGGCAUUCCAGUUUUCUCAUGGGAGUCUCGAGGGGAUUUGCACAGAUAGCCGCUAUCCUGGCACCCACUGUUAGUGGAUUUCUCCUCAGUCAGGACCCUGAAUUAGGGUGGAGAAAUACCUUCUCUUUGUCAUUUGCCAUUAAUGCUUUAGGACUGAUCUUCUACCUUAUAUUUGGAGAAGCGGAUGUCCAGGAUUGGGCUAAAGAAAGGAAACUCACUCGUUUAUGAAGUUAUUCCACCUUGGAUGGAAAAUCACUAGGCACCUUAUUUCAUGGAUAAGAAGGCUUCAGUGAUGAAAAUACCAACAGAAAAAACCUUCUUUGCUGUAACUCUUUUCAAAUCUGAGAUCAGUUCUUUAUUUACUCAAAUUUCUUUCUGAGGAAAAUACAAGAUGAAUGGAAAUUCAAAUAAAAUUGUAGCCAAGAAUGAAGUUGUCAUCUUCAGUAGAAUUAACAAUGGAUUCAGAGGAGCUGCUGUAUAGGAGCUAAUAGGCUAGAUUCACAGUUUCUGGAUCUUGAAACAGGAAACAAUGUUUUGAAAUUCUUAAUCAAGGAUGGUAAUCUCACUAGAGCAAUGAUUCCUCCUAUUUGCAAAAAUGAAUAUUAAUUUAUAUUUGCUGGGCUGGAUGUUGUCCAUGUGUUCCUCCCUUUGUGUGCUCCACUCUCCUCUGUCCUGCCCAGGCCCCUGGAAGCUGACCUACGUGGUUUGCAUCUCACCUUUUCCUGUCCACUGGCUUCUGCUGGGUUUUCAGUGGACGUGGGAUAAUGAGGAUAAGGAGUGUUUAUCUCUAAGGAUCCUCCCUGUGGAGAGUGAUGGUGGCUGAUCCUCCCACUACAUUUCACAGCUCCUAGAAGACAGCCCUCUCUCUCCACACAUCUGGUAACUUCUCUCUUCCCUUAUUUCAAACCUUUUUUUGGCUUUUAUAUUGCAAGCUCUGGGAUUCUCCAAAAUAUCUUGUGGUUUCCUUACCACCAUCCCAAUCCUGUAUAAAUUGCCUCACUUAACACUGUCCUCAGAGUAUCUGGUGUGAGUCUUCUAUGUUUCUCUUUCUGAACCAACUAAUUUCAGUAGUUAAAUCAUAUAUAAAGCUUAAAACUUGAAACAGAUCAGUAUUUCUUUAAAUUAUAAUUUAUAGGUGUCAGUGGGUCAUGGCAUGUUCAGAGGGGCCAGAACUAUGUUCUAGGUUGUUCCCCAGGGUUAUCUCUACUGUGUAGAACAGAGAUUAUCGCCAUCAAAUUAUUUAUAUUUAUCAUCAAAUUAUUAUUAUUUAUCACCUUUAUACAGGUGAUGGGAUGGAUACUAGUUCUGAGUAAAAAAUUAGGGCAAGGGUACAGAAGGUAAUGAAACCUCCAUAACAACUCAAGAGAAUAGGGGUUCACAGAGCUUCCAGUUGUUGAAUCAGAACAUGUCCAUGUGCUGGGCCCUGAAGUCCAUGGGGCUUGCAUUUGGGACCCUUCUGGACCUCACUGUAUGUAUCUUUUCAUCUGGCUGUUCCUUUGUAACCUUUAAUGUCCUUUGUAACAAACUGAAAAUCUAGUAGGUAAAUUGGUUUCCCGAGUUCUCUAAGCAACUCUAGCAAAUUAACUAAACCAGAGGAGGGGGUGUGAAGACAAUGGUACAAGUGGGUGUGUGCUGGUCUCUAGAACAAGCCAGUAUUUGCAGCAAUCUGUCUGAGAGAGAUCUUUUUCAAGAAAAAGGAACUGAUUUUUCUUGAGUCAUAGCAGUGUAGACAUUUACUAAGAGUGACAGAACUGUUAAGUAGCUUGUCCUGGGUCAUAGCAGUGAACAACAGAGCUGAGAUUCACUCUUAGGCAGUCUGACUCAAGAGUGUGUGCCUGUAACCUCUAACCUAAACUGCCCCUAAAAGUAUAUUUGACUUGGAUCAGGCAUACCUACUAGGUAUCAAAGAAAAAACUGUAUGUGUUCUUUUAUUAAACCUUUACAACCUUGUGGAUUAAGAAAUACUAUGUCCAUUUCCUCACAGGGAAGAGAUUGAAGGGCCAGAAGGUUAAAUGGCUUCCUCAAAUGCUAUUUGUGAUAGGGACUAGACUUUUACAGAAGCCCAAAUUCCAUUGUAUAAAUUAAUAUAAAUGUUACUCAAGACUGAUAUUUCUGUUGUUCUUCAAAGACAUGGUUGAUGUUGCCCUGAGCCCUUCAUUGUUUUAUCCUGCUGGGUCGGUAUCAAAGGCCAUUUAUCAUGAGUUAUAAAUUUCACCUGCUGAUCCUUAUUAGCUCAGGGGUUGCCCCGUCAGCCAGCUGGCCCUUCUGGCCACACACAUUUCAUUAGUUGCUGUUUCACCAUCAAAGUUUAGAAUCAUAAAGGAGGGAGGCCAUAUAAGGGUAGGUCAGCCAUCAGGGUCUGACUCAAACUCAUAAAGGAGGUCUCUUCUCAGAAACUAGGUCUUAGGGUUGUUCUAAUCCACAGCAAGGGAGUCUUCCCCUUCUGCUCUUCAUAUGUGCUCACUUUAUCAUUUCUGCAUUCUUUAAUUUGGAUCAUUCAGCCAGACAUGACCAAUGUCCUCUGUAAAGAAUUUAGCUGCCUGGCCUCUCCACUUGAGCAUAGACAUGCUGACUUAUGAUGGAUGUUGGCUUAUAUUCUAUUCCCUUGCUUCAAUCUAUAUAUUCUGUUCUCUCUUCUCAUGACUUUUUGUAUGCAAGCUACUUAUUACCAGACAUACACACGGCCUCUAGUACAACAUCUUUCUUAUAGUAAUUUUAACAUGAAUUUUUAAAUAGGUAUAAUUCACAUGCUACAGGGAGUGAGCUUUUAAUGGUAAAACUACUGAACUAUUUUAUUAAGAUCAGAAGUUUACAGGUGGUAUUCAAAAAAUAGAUCCAGCAAUCCCACUCCUAAGCAUAUAUCCAGAGGGAACUCUAAUUCGAAAAAAUACAUGCACUUCAAUGUUCAUAGCAGCACUAUUUACAAUAGCCAAGACAUGGAAACAACCUAAAUGUUCAUUGACAGAUGACUAGAGAAAGAAGUUGUGGUAUAUAUGCACAAUGGAAUACUACUCAGCCAUAAAAAUGAAUAAAAUAAUAUCAUUUACAGCAACCUG